AUGUCUGUGAUCAAGCGUAUGGAGAAAACAAAUGCCUUCUUAAUGUAUAAGGAUGCUGAUGAAUUAUCUAAUUUUGAUGUGGAGAGAAUGUAUGGAUAUACUCUUCCUUGCGUAUUUAAAGAUGGAUGGGACUUUCCUGACUCAAAACAAUGCUAUGCAAGAGUGUCAUUUGACCAUGAUUCGGCUAUUGCUGAUAUAAAGCAAGCCUUACUUAAGACAUGCGAAUUAGUCUACUUUGGAAAGAAUGACUUAAUUCCUUUACUGCAAAAUGCUUUAAUCAGGAAUAUCUACAUAGAUAUAAAAGAUAUGCCUGAUUACUGCAACACAGACUCUUUCAAGGAGAUUAUUAACCUAUUCAUAGAGAAGAAUACGAUGAUUUAUCUAUCAGAGAAUGACCAUCCUAUCUAUAGAACCAUGCGUACUACAAAGAACCAGUUUAUUGAGUGUCUGGAGGACAUACUUGGGUCUGUAAAAAUACAGUCUCUAUUGGAUACUAUAGAGAAUAAGAUGAAUAGAUGGUGCAGUUACACAAAUGAGAAUCAUAAAGGAAAUCUGUACUACUUCAUGACAUAUAAGGCAGCCAGCCUAGCAGAAAAACUAUUUGUCUCCAUAUACAAGGAGAGCAUAGUAAUUCCUAUUCUGUGCAAAUUUGUGCAGCACUUAAAGAGUGAAGGGUUUGUGACAAGUGAAAUUAAUAUGUAUGAGAAGAGAAGGGAUGGGGUGUAUAAUAUAGAUUAUGCACUUAGUCUAUUUAUGAGUCAUAGAUGGAGUCUACUGGCACAUACUGAGAAGGAACAGUUGGAAAAUGAAGAAAAUAUGUCUAAUUACGACAAGCAAAUGAUUGUAAAUCUUUAUGAAAACUUUCGUGUUGUAAAUGAGGUUAUCCAAGUUAUCCAGGAUAUACUUGAUGAAGACAGUAGCUACAAGGAGUAUGAAGCACAAUUAUCAGCUGCCUUGCCAUCACCCAAGGUGAAGGGAAGUGCAAAAUUACCUUACAAUGUUAAGUCUCAGAAGAAAUUAAUUCUUGCUAGGCUAAAGAAGUUUUUGCAUGAGAAUGAAAUAGAUGAGGAUAUUGCUGAAUAUAUUAAGGCCAGAGUAAAUCUCUAUAUAAGCAUUAUAUUAGACCACAACAGAGUCACUCCUAUUAAGAGUAAAAAGAGCAUGGUUUCACGUGCUCUUAUAGGCGCAGCUGGUCUUGCCACUAGUAUAUUUACAUUGAAAACUCUCCGUGAUUCAGUCUUUAAUAAUAAUGAAGAGAUGGGUACCUCAAGGUCUUCAUCUAUUUACUACUGCGAAAACCCUAUGGACCAUAUUAAAUAG